UUUGACAAGAAAAAAACUGUUAUUCUUGGUAGAAUUUUGAUGACAAAUUAAGCGGGGACUUGGGGUUGGUCGCGGGAGAGGUGUGAAAGGUGAUGGUUAGAGAUGACGACGCACGUAGUGCCGGCGGACCCGCAGGUGAUGGUGACGGUUAAGAAGAAGGCGCAGCCGUCUAAGAGUUGGGUUCUUUUGGACAGCAAUGGAGAAACCACCGUGCUCGACGUCGACAAGUACGCUAUCAUGCACCGAGUUAACAUCCACGCCCGUGAUUUACGCAUACUCGAUCCACUCUUGUCUUACCCUUCGACCAUUCUCGGCCGUGAUGGAGCUAUUGUAUUGAAUCUGGAGCACAUCAAGGCAAUUAUUACCUCAGAGGAGGUAUUGCUCCGAGACCCGUCGGAUGAAUACGUUGUCCCUGUUGUUCAAGAACUUCAGAGGCGUCUGCCUAUACUGAAUGCCGCUAAUCAAGGACAGCAAACGAGUGCCCGAAUCGACUUCGAUGCAGGCGUUGAAGAUGUUUCUCCGUUCGAAUUCCGAGCACUGGAGGUAGCUUUGGAAUCCAUAUGUAGCUUUCUAGCUGCCCGUACACUAGAACUAGAGACUGCAGCUUACCCUGCUUUAGAUGAGCUUACCUCCCUGAUUAGUGGUCGUGAUUUAGAUAAAGUUCGUAAAAUGAAGAGUGCAAUGACCAGAUUGACUGCUCGGGUACAAAAGGUGAGGGAUGAACUUGAACAACUACUGGAUGACGACGACGACAUGUCAGACCUUUAUCUGUCAAGAAAGUUGGCUGCAGCUUCACCAGUUAGUGGAUCUGGUGCAGCCAAUCGGUAUAACGUCUCUCCUACCAUAGGAUCAAAGAUUUCCAAGGCAAGUAUAGCAACACUUUGUGGCGACGAGAAUGACGUCGAGGAGCUCGGAAUGUUACUCGAGGUUAAACUAGCGAUUUACUUACGCUCGAUUAACGAUUCCUUCACCCCUAAGCUAAGUCAGUAUUACUCUGUCUUACAGGCUUACUUUAUGCAAAUCGAUGGUACAUUGAAUAAAUUAACCACGCUGCGGGAAUAUAUCGACGAUACAGAGGAUUACAUCAACAUUCAGCUCGACAAUCACAGAAAUCAGCUUAUCCAGUUAGAACUCUUUCUGAGUUCCGGAACCGUGUCUCUAGCCAUCUAUUCUUUGGUGGCUGCAAUAUUUGGGAUGAACAUUCCUUAUUCAUGGAAUACAGACCAUGAUUACAUAUUUCCAUGGGUGGUUGUCGUCUCGGGGCUACUAUCCGCGUUUGUGUUCAUACUGAUCAUGUCCUAUGCUCGGUUCAAGGGUCUGGUUGGGACUUGAGCUGCAAAUUUUGCAUGAAACACAAGUGUA